AAAGAAGAUUACGAGAAAGACCUGUAUCACGACGAGGAAUUAAUGGCUUCACUUAUGGUCCGCACUGAUAAUGGCAUCAGAGCGAGGAAAGGAGCUCAAGCAGAACAUACUACCCUGAAAUACACAUUGUGCAAGACUACGCACAUGCUAAAGUAUUUGGAUUUAGGAAGACCGACAUCACCACGUACUUCGCCGUUCUCUGCAAUGCCAUCAAUGUGAGAUACAAAAGAAACCGGUCACUAAAGAUACAGCUCCGGAUUGUAGCAAUCACUAUGUCAACACAGGUUGAGGAAUAUUUUGUCUAUGCAGAUCGGGACCGCAAGCAAAUUUUAGACGAAGAAACGCUCGAAAAGUUUUAUUUACAUUAUCAAGGUUACGCUGAGUACAUUGCGGCUGACUUGACAUUUUUAGUGACCGGACUGGAUAUGGUCUUCUACGAAAAUCAAGUUCUCCAGACCUGGGUGGGAGGGUACUCGUAUGUUGGUGGAUUUUGCCAAACCAGUAAAGUAGGAAUGUGCGAGGACCCUCCUGGCAGCUAUUUUGGUGCCUCGGUAUUCGCACACGAAAUUGGACACUCCCUAGGCUGUGCUCACGACGGAAGCUCAAGCAUACCAGAGUUGCCCGGACAUAAAGGCUCAGUGAACUGCCCAUGGUCAGAUGGUUUUAUGAUGAGCUACGAGAAAAAAAAUGAGAACCAGUACAAGUUUUCGCAGUGUUGCAUUGAUGACAUCAAGAACCUGCUCAGACAGCCUGGGUGGAGCUGCCUGAUGACGAGACAACGUAAAUCCAUCAAACGACAAGGUCUUCCAGGCAAUUAUAUCUCGGGCAAGGAGUACUGCCGAAGAUGCUACCCAACGUUACUCGAUAUGGAGUACAACCAGCAAUAUGGGAUUGUAGACUGCAAAGUACGCUGCGAAGAUUCUAGGAAUUACUACCUAGUUGGCGUGCCCGACGGUACUCCGUGUGAUAAGAAACGAAGAGGAAAGAAGCGAUGUGUUCUAGCAAAAUGCGUCAGAAUGAAGAAAUAACGACGUUUGAGAAAAGUCCCACUUCUGCAUUGUCUCCUGAAGUACAUUGGCUUACAGUAAUUCAUGAAGAUGAUGCGACAGAAAAUGACCUAAAGCAGAUAGUUUUUUUAUUAUACUGUAAAAUAAACAUUUUGUUUGUAAACCAUGA